AUGUGGGAUAUCUUGGCAUAUGGAUGGUCACUGCCAGCAACUCUUGAUAAUUCAAAUGCAUCAUCGAUGGUACCAGUUCCAGUAUGUUGUCGACCACUCAUGGAAAAUCAGCCGUCUAUCAAGGUCUGGUGCGCCACGGCUGUGACAUUGCGUGGAGGACUAGACAAGGAUGGAAAGUUCAUCACCGGUGAUCCCAUCUACUUUUCUCCGAGGGCUGCUGUAUUACCGAAAGGAAAAGAGGGCAGCGACAAACUUGAGGAUGAAAUCACGCGAGCACGAGCUUUGGAUGCUCGAGAGUGUGAAUUGGCUGAGUGGGAAUCUUCGUCAGUGGUGUGGAUUGGUAGUUCUAAUCAGGGCAAGAGCCAUGUAGCAAUUCUCGAUGCUAACAAUCCGAACAAUGUUAUCGAAACGUUCCUCGCUUGUGAAAGCAUCUCGGAAGGUGAACCGUUCAUUGAUGACAUUGUUGCCAAAAACUUUUUAUGUGGUGGAGGAAAAGUCAAAGAUCUACCAGAAAGUAUUGACGGAACCGAUUUGGGCGCUUGUGAAUGGGUAGAGUUGCGAAGAAUGGAAGAUUCUGAGGAU